UACCAUUGAUGCCCAUCCCUAGAAGUGGGUAUUUAGAGGUCUCAGCUGGAAUUUCACCUAUCGGUGCCAAUAUGUGGAUCAAUAAUCAGAGCUCACUAGAUGAUUUUAUCUUAUUGGGAUUCUCUGAUCACCCCUGGCUGGAGACACCACUUGUAAUCUUUCUGGUGGCUUACAUUUUUGCCCUGUUUGGAAAUAUCUCCAUUAUCCUAGUUUCCCGCCUGGAUCCCCAGCUUGACAGUCCCAUGUACUUUUUUGUCUCUAAUCUAUCCCUUCUGGACCUCUGCUAUACUACCAGCACUGUCCCACAGAUGCUAGUCAACCUUCAGGGACCAGAAAAGACCAUUAGCUACGGUGGUUGUGUUGCCCAACUCUGUAUUUUCUUGCCCUUGGGUUCUACUGAAUGCAUACUUCUAGCCAUCAUGGCCUUCGAUCGUUAUGCUGCUAUUUGCAAGCCCCUUCACUACCCAAUCAUCAUGAACCAGAGACGCUGUAUCCACGUGGCCACUGGGACCUGGAUUAGUGGCUUUGUUAACUCCCUUGUGCAGUCCACUCUCACAGUGUUGACCCCAAGAUGUGGACAGAGGGUGAUGGACCAUUUCUUCUGUGAAGUUCCUGCUCUUUUGAAACUAGCUUGUACUGAUACUCAUGUGAAUGAGGCUGAGCUCAAUGUGCCUGGGGUUUUGCUACUUCUGGUGCCCCUCACCCUCAUCCUGGGCACUUAUGUGUUCAUUGCUCAGGCAGUAAUGAGGAUCCGCUCUGCUGAAAGUCGCUGGAAGGCCUUUAAUACCUGUGCUUCACAUUUGCUGGUGGUCUCCCUCUUCUACUUUACAGCCAUCAGUAUGUAUGUCCAGCCUCCCUCUAGUUAUUCUCGUGACAGAGGGAAGAUCAUGGCUCUGUUCUGUGGGAUUGUCACACCUACACUCAAUCCAUUUAUCUAUACACUGAGGAACAAGGAUGUGAAAGCUGCCCUGAGAAGGGCACUGACUAAGGAAUAUUGAGUCAGGACAAGAUGAUCUCUGAAGAGAAGACCUAAGAAGUAAGGAUGGAUGUGUUUGCCUUUCAAAGAAGAUGUCAGACAUGGAAGUGAUGAGAGAACAGUGUAUCAAGUGUCGUAAAGUUCACAGGUGGAACAGGGCCAAGAAAGAAACAAUCAACUCUUAGUGAUCUCCACACAGCACUUAUCCACUUUUGAGACAUCUGUUUUACAAUAUUGAAUCUUACCAAGUCAUAUCACUU